AUGUCACGACAAGAUAUAUUUGAUAUUUUCUGGGACAACAGAGGCAAACUCAAGGAUACAUUUUAUAAGGAUAUAAACGGUUUAAUUGCAUUGUUUGAAGCCUCUCAAUUAAGCAUAGAAGGAGAAGAUUAUCUUGAAAGUGCAGGACAGUUCUGCCGCGAGUAUCUUAAUGAGUGGUCUUCGACGUUUCAUGACCAUGCUCAAGUGAAUUUUAUUGCACAAACAUUGAUGUGUCCUAUUCAUAAAACUUUGUCAAGAUUCACACAAACAAUAAUUCAAUCACAAAAUGUAACAUGGACAAAUUCUUUACAACGACUUUCCAAAAUUGACACUCAAAUGGUUUCCUCUCUACAUCUCAAGGAAAUUUUUGCAGUUUCCAAGUGGUGGAAAGACUUAGGUUUGUUAAAGGACUUGGAAUUUGCUAGAGAUGAACCGAUUAAAUGGUACAUGUGGACUAUGGCGUGUGUGAUCGGUGGAUCUGGAACUGACUGUUUAACGCUGGAGCUGAAUCUGGAGUUUCAAACGCUGAUGAAUGAACCAGAGAUGGUUACUGCCUUAGCAUGA